AUGGCGAACGUACGGGCGCUGCAGGAGGCGCUGCAGAAGGAGGUCGAGGAAUUCAAGAAAGUCCAAGAGGACAUCAACAAGAACCACGCGGCCAGGCAGAAGUUUCUAGAGCAGAAGAAUGAGAACGACAUGGUGAAGAAGGAGCUGGGGCUGCUGGAGGACGGCGCGUGCGUGUUCCGGCUCGUGGGCCCGGUGCUCAUCAAGCAGGAGCAGGACGAGGCGAAGAGCAACGUGGACAAGCGGUUGGGGUUCAUCAACGGGGAGCUGGAGCGGCUGGAGAAGGCGUUCAAGGCGUUCGAGAAGAAGCAGGCGGAGAAGGAGAACGCCAUCCGGGCCAUCCAGCAGAAGCUCCAGAAGCAGCAGCAGCAGGCCCAGGCGACGACCGCGCAGGCUUGA